AAAUGGCACCCAAAACCAGUGGAAAAGCUGCGAAGAAGUCUGGCAAGGCCCAGAAAAAUAUUUCCAAGUCCGACAAGAAAAAGAAGCGCAAGACCCGCAAGGAAAGCUACGCUAUUUACAUCUACAAAGUGUUGAAGCAAGUCCACCCGGAUACUGGCAUCUCUUCGAAGGCCAUGAGCAUCAUGAACAGUUUCGUCAACGAUAUCUUCGAACGCAUUGCUGCUGAGGCAUCCCGCUUGGCGCACUACAACAAGCGUUCGACGAUCACGUCCCGCGAAAUCCAAACCGCUGUUCGUCUGCUGCUGCCUGGUGAGCUUGCCAAGCACGCCGUCUCCGAAGGAACGAAGGCUGUCACAAAGUACACCAGCUCGAAGUAAGCCACUGAAAUGAUUGGCUUCUUUUCAUGAACCUCUCUUAAAUCGGUCCUUUUCAGGACCACAAACCGCAUUCAAACAAAGAAUUAUCCUUCGUUUCAUCUGCACCAGCGAAUUAGCGCUUUAAUUUCAGGGUGUCCGUCUUCGUCAACGUUAUUGUUCAGUUUGUUGCGUUUGCCUGUACUAAAUGGUAUUAGUGCAGGUAAACGCAGCCAUAUCCUAAGUUUGUUUGCGAACUUUACAAGUUCUGCGUUGUUCAUUGUAAAUAUUAAUGUUAAAUAGAACCUUAGCACGUUAAAAAAACAUUAAAAAAAGUCUGCACUGGUUGGAAGCGUCUUGCGAGGUGAAAUUGAAAAUGGAGUUUCGUGUAUCAUGAAUUAUGAAUAGAAGUCGUUUCGCUCGUUGUAUGACAA